AUCAUAAGGAUUCCACCCACACCUGAAAAGUACACAAUGAAGGAUUCACCCUGAAAAAGGUACAACCACAGCACUGGGUUUUCUCCAGAGGGACUGUGACAGGGGUAACCUCCAGGAGCCAUCUCCCAAGGUGGGACACAGAGCCACAGGCUGGACGUGGGACAGAGCACAAAGUGGAGGGACUGACUGCACCUGGGACUGAGCUCUGCUCCUGGACAUGGGGGCCAUAGGAGCAUUUUGAGGGACACUGGGAAGCAGGGUUUGCUCUGGAACCUGCCUGACCAUGGCUCCUCCAGUGCUGUCAGACCUGGGCUAUGUCCCCCCCGACGGAGGAUGGGGCUGGGCUGUGGUGUUUGGAGCCUCCAUCUCCAUUGGGUUUGCAUUUACCUUCCCCAAAGCUUUCACAGUCUACUUUAAAGAGAUCCAGGCUUUCUUCAACAUCUCCUACAGCCAGAUUGCCUGGACAACAUCCAUCAUGUGUGCCACCACCUACGGAGGAGGUCCCAUCAGCAGCAUUUUGGUGAACCGCUACGGCAGCCGCCCCGUGGUGAUGUUUGGGGGGCUCCUGUGUGGGGUGGGGAUGAUCUCAGCUGCCUUCUGCACCAGCAUCCUGCAGCUCUACAUCUGCGUGGGCUUCAUCACAGGAUUUGGCCUUGCUCUCAACCUUCAGCCAUCGGUGAUAAUCAUAGGGAAAUAUUUCUUGAAGAGAAGACCCCUUGCCAAUGGCCUUGCUAUGGCAGGGAGCCCCGUGAUGCUUUGCACCCUGGCGCCUCUCAACCAAUUCCUUUUUGACAACUUUGGCUGGAGGGGCAGCUUUUUAAUUCUUGGGGCAAUUUUAUUAAACUGCUGUGUGGCAGGAGCUCUCUUCAGACCCAUCGGGCCAGGCACAGCACAGGUCAAAACCCAGGUGACUGAGGAAGGGAAGGAUGCUCUGAAAGGAAAGAUCACUGAAGAUGGCCCCAUGGAGAGCAAAACAGAAGAGGAAGGAGAAAAGGACUGCUUUGAAAAAGUCAAUCAGUACCUUGAUUUCUCCCUCUUUAAACACAGAGGGUUCUUGAUUUACCUGAUCGGAAACGUGCUGAUGUUCCUGGGGUUCUUCGCCCCCAUCGUUUUCCUGGCACCCUAUGCCAAGCACACUGGCGUAGAUGAAUAUUCAGCUGCUUUCCUGCUCUCCAUCCUGGCCAUUGUGGACAUGGUUGCUCGCCCUGCCACGGGCAUCAUUGCCAACAGCCGGUGGGUGAGGCCGCGGAUCCAGUACUUCUUCAGCUUCGCCAUCGCCUUCAACGGCGCCUGCCACCUCCUGUGCCCGCUGGCCUCCAGCUACACGGGGCUCAUCGUGUACUCCAGCUUCUUUGGGCUGGCCUUUGGCAUGGUGUGUGCCAUGCUCUUCGAGACGCUGAUGGACCUGGUGGGGGCUGCCCGCUUCACCAGCGCCGUCGGGCUGGUCACCAUCGCCGAGUGCUGCACCAUCCUGCUGGGACCCCCCAUCGGAGGAAUUCUUAUUGAUACCUUUGGAGACUAUAAAUAUAUGUUCAUUAAAUGUGGAUCUGUGAUGGUCCUGGCAGGAACCUUUCUGUUCAUCAUGAAUUAUUAUAAUUAUCGUAUGCUUGCCAAGGAGGAGAAGCAAAGAAAGGCAAAAGAAGAGGAUCCUAAAUCUGUAAGGACAGAAAAUGAAGGCCAAAAAAACUGGAACAAAGACUCCACACAGGAUGGACCUGAGCUGGAACCUUUGAAAGAGAAGGGAGAAGGAUUAAAGAAGGAAAUGAAUGGCACAAAUGAAGUUUAAACCUGUUCUCAUGGGCUGAAUGGUAAAUGACUUUUGGGUUGCUCAAGUGAACACCAGCUCUGAAAUCACACUAGGUUUUAAAAUUUUACUCUAUUCUCGGCCAUGUGCACCCUCAUCUUUGCUGUAGGAGAAGACUAAACCAGCAAUAAAUCCUGAUUCCUACAAACUGCUGGGACACUGCAGUAUCUGCUUGCCUACCAAAGGUCCUGCAAGAUUUUCCUUUGGAUAUUCCCCAUUUCCCAGAGAAAAGGGAAAUGUGACGUUUUGCAGGAGGCCAGGAUGAGGCUGGCAUAAGACAGGAGUCCUCCUUCAGGUGCUUUGUCUGUGCGGGGCAGAAAUUUAAUCUUAAGCUUCACCCUUGACCUACAUUCCAACAGUGCAAAUUUAAUUUUUCCCUGGGAGGUUACAAAGUGCUUAUUAUCCAAUUUCUGAGUGCCUUACCAUUUCUAGUGAGCUUUUUCUUUGCAACACCCUGGUGAGACAGUAAGUGUUGCCACUAUUAAUUAAUUGUACAAAUGAAGAACUGAAGCACAGGGGAGCAUCAGUGAAUAAAGCUUGGGCAUGCCACAGCUGAAAUGGAAUCCAAUGCCCUGAGCUGCCUAAAAGCCCUGCUGAGCACAGGUAUCCCCUUGCUAGAAAAGGGGAAUACAAUGGAUAGCAAUGCAUUAAACCUGUGCACAGUGCACUCUGUUCACUCUGUGCUUCACACUACUCGCACUAAUCACAAUUAGUGAUUUUGAGCACUGUCUCAGAGCUGGGACCUCGUGCCAGGCUUUUUUUUUUUCACCUGCUUCAGUUGCAUCCAUGCUGGAGGGAGUCCAAACCCAGCUGCCUCCCCCUCGUUUGGGCUGGAGUGGGCACCUCCCUGUGCUGGCACUGCAAUUCCUGCUGGCCCUGCUGCACAAAGCAAAGUUUGCCAGGGCAGUGAUGGAGCUGAGACCAUGUAGGAGGGCUCUCGUCCUUCUAUAGUGAUAAUUUAGAUCUGGGAAGAUUUGCUCUCUGAUGUAUUUUAUACCAAGCAGCUGAUGCCCAAGAGCUGUGGAUGCUGAGCGUGACAUCAUGCAGUUGAAUCAUCAGACUUCUGUGGAAUUUCAUGGAUUUGAUUGGAUAAAAACAAGGACUUUUCAGGCAGAUCACCCAAAUCCAAAGCUAAAACUUGUCCAGAAGUUAGUUCUCCUUUUUCUUUGUUUCAAUGGUACCCAUAUGUGGUCAGAUCAUAUUUUUUCAUGGAUUUGUCUUUGAAGAACUGUAUUUUCUUGGCACUUGUGUACACAAUAUGAAGAAAGGCUUGUAAAAAUACUUGCAUAAAUACACUGUACUUUUAAAAUUAGGUCAUUCUGAUCUUCUUGUACAAAACCUUUUCUGUAAAUUCUUUUGGAUUUUGAAGAAUAGUGGUCUUUGACUUCAGUAGGACUUAAAUUUUAGCCUUAUGUCAUAACUUUUAUUUUCUCUGAAAAAAACCAAAAUAUAUAUAAAAUAAUUAGCCUUCAGUGCUUGUUUUUAAUGCCCUUUAUUUCUGUCAAAUCUAUCUGUGAUAUUUCAUUUAAAAAGGCAUUAAUAGAAGGUCAUGAAUGUUUUCCAAUAUGCCUUCUGUCAUAUACUUAAUAAAACCAUUUAAA